AUGAAGCUUGAGAUGGCCCGUCGGCAUAAGAUCAACUACCCCAAGUACACCUACCAGCCGAAACCCAAGAACGACGAUGGGGCGGCCAAGAAGGCCUCGAAGCCGAAGAAGACUACCAAAGCCAAGGAGGCCGCGGUCAGCAAGGACAUUCAUAUAGAGCUCGUCCUCCCGGAAUACGGCCAUGACGCCAUGACCACCAAGGUCAUGGCCGAGUAUAAUAAGUAUAUCAUUAACCCCUCGGCGUAUAUGGAGUCGAAGAAUGUGGUCGUGGAAGAGUCAGAGGAUCUGGAGGAAUCAGAGGACUUGGAAGAGCGAGAGCAGUUAGGGGAGUCAGAGCAGUUGGAGGAGGCAAUUAUGUCGCCAACUGUGGAGAACACCAUGUUGCCGAACACCAUGUCGCCGAACGCCAUGUCGCCGAACGCCAUGUCAGCGCAGCAGCAGUUGCCAGAGAACCUCGACCAGCAGCUCGAAGCCGGCUUUCAGGACCUCGGCUCCUUUCUAGACCAUGACGAUGAUCCCUUUUGGGGGUGGUCUGGAAGCCCUGUUGCAGAGGGCUUCACGGAGGAAGCAAUGGCCGCCUUCAUGCACGCUACAGAGGAAUAG